UACGCCCCGUGUCCUUGUUGUGUUGAGUCACUCUGAACUCAUCAUGCUGGAGAGGAGCUGCUGUCCCAGGGUCCUGGUCCUGGUCCUGGUCCUGGUCCUGGUCCUGGAUCUGGUGUCAGGCGUUGCUGCGGCAGGAGAGAUGAGCUUGCGGGUGGAGAAGCAGGAGGCCCUCGGGCUGCUGGCCAGGCGGAGGAGAGCCAACAGCGGCUUCCUGGAGGAGCUGAAGCAAGGAGACCUGGAGAGGGAGUGCAGGGAGGAGAUCUGCGACUACGAGGAGGCGCGUGAGGUGUUCGAGGACGACGGCCGCACGAAACAAUUCUGGCUGUCUUAUAAUCGGCGCGACCCUUGCCUGGAGAACCCGUGCCGUAAUAACGGGACAUGCGUGUACCUGGAGACGACGUACCAGUGCUACUGCGCCGAGGGCUUUGAGGGGCGGUUCUGUCAGACAGAGGUCGAGGACUUCCUGAAGUGUCUCUACAACAACGGCCAGUGUGAGCACUACUGCGACGGCUCGGGGGAACGCCGCAGAUGUUCGUGCGCCGACGGGUUCAAACUGGGGGAGGACGGCCGGCGGUGUGUCGCCCAGGUGGAGUUUCCCUGUGGUCAGCUUCCGGAAACCGGCGUGAACCAGACUGUGGGGGCUCAGACCCGGCUGGUGGGGGGGAACCAAUGCCCGAGAGGACAGUGUCCCUGGCAGGUUCUGGUCCAGUUCAACGGACUCAGUCACUGUGGAGGCGCUCUGAUCAAACCCGACUGGGUCGUCACCGCGGCCCACUGUAUCCACGGCAACCUGCCUCAGAGCCUCGUGGUGGUAGCAGGGGAACACAACCUGGACCUGCACGAAGGCACGGAACAGCGGCUGCCCGUUUCCAUGGCGAUAGCCCACGAGGGCUACGUCCCGGCGACCGGUGACAACGACGUGGCGCUGCUGCGUCUCACCCGCCCCGCCGCCCUGAGCGGCCUCGCCCUUCCUGUCUGCCUGCCCACCAGAGGCCUCGCCGAGCGGGAGCUGCUGGCGACCCGCUACCACACCGUGUCCGGCUGGGGCAAGAGGACAAGCGGGGGCAACAAGGCCGACGCCCCCUCCGCCCCCGUCUCCCCAGUCCUGCGCAGGAUGUCCGUGCCCAUCCUCCUGAACUCCCAGUGCUCCCAGAAGGCCCAGUUCAACUUCACCGCCAACAUGCUGUGCGCGGGGUACCUGGAGGGGCGACAGGACAGUUGCCGCGGCGAUGACGGGAGCCCGCUGGUGACGCUCCACGGCUCCACCCACUUCCUGACCGGCGUGGUUGGCUGGGGGCGGGGCUGCUCACACCCGGGGUAUUAUGGGGUGUACGCCAACGUGGCCCACUUUGUGGACUGGGCGGAGGGCGUCAUGAAGGACCCGCCCACCAUAUCCACGGCCAAUGAGACGGCAGCACACACAGAUUUGGAAAUGCUGCAACACAAAGUGGUUUAAUGAAGCAGUAAUGAAGUGACCUGCUGUUAAUGGGGAAUUGAUUAUGAUUGAUUAUGAUUGAGAAGUGAUGGAUAACUUGUUUGACUGUAAAAACGAAUACAAACCAAACCAAAUGUGAGAUUAUUGGUCGUUUUUUGUUGUAAUUCAAGGCUGCUUCUACUUGAAUAAAAUACUUUAACAGUUGA